AAACUUGUUAUUAAAAAAAAGAAGGAGAAGAAACAGAAAGAGAAAAACUAGAAGGUGCCGAGAGCCGCGCGGUGGUCCGGUCUCCGGUCCAGAGCGGGAGGCGGCCGGCAAACCGCAGCCAACGACGCCACCACCUCCUCCUCCUCCUCCUCCUCCUCCUCCCGUCGCCACCACGGCGACCCCGCCCUCCUCGGCCUGCUCCCUCCGCCUCUAAAAGACUCUCUCUUUCUCCCCCUUUUCUUGUGGGGAUCUUGUAUUCUUGUGUGGUGGUGUGGUGGUGUGGUGGUGGUCCAAGAAGGAGGACGAGAGGAGAGACGGAUCCGGGACGGGGGACGAGGCGCGCCGGCUGUGCCGUUGGUUGUUUGCGUGCGGCGGGAGUGGACGCCGGAGAUGGAGGCGGUCGCGGCGGCGGCGGCCGGCGGCGCGGGGCUGACCAAGUGGCAGGCGGCGGCGCUGUCGGCGGUGGCGGGGUGGGUGUGGGCCGCCUCCUUCUUCGACCUCACGCGGCGGUCGCGCGCGCUGGUGCAGCCGUGGGUCGCCGCCCGCGUGCUCGCCGAGACGCCGUCCAUCGUCAGGUUCCAGAAGGUGCAUCACAAGUUGCUGGACAAUUUCUUCUCUGUGCUGUCAUGCGUUGUCUCUGUCCCUUUCUACACCGGAUUCCUCCCUCUCCUCUUCUGGACCGGACACUCCAAGCUGGCUAGGCAGAUGACGCUCCUCAUGGCAUUCUGCGAUUACCUCGGCAAUUCCGUGAAGGAUGCGGUGUCAGCGCCGCGACCAAGCUCUCCUCCUGUGAGAAGAGUAACAGCUACUGAAGACGAGAAGGAAAAUGCCAUGGAAUAUGGAUUGCCCUCAUCGCAUGCUCUUAAUACUGUUUGUUUGAUGGGAUAUCUGUUGUAUUAUGUUCUAACGUAUGGACCCCACGACAGCGUUAUGGUUGCCAUGGGCUUAUCAAUAGCUUUGCUGCUUGUUAUGUUAGUUGGCCUUGGACGGAUAUACUUGGGCAUGCACAGCUCGAUUGAUGUUAUUGCUGGCGUUUGUUUUGGUGUUGUAAUCCUGGCAUUCUGGUUGGCUGUCCAUAAUCAUGUUGAUGCUUUUGUCGUCUCCGGGCAAAAUGUUACAACCUUCUGGGCAAGCCUUUCUCUGUUGCUGUGCUUCGCGUAUCCAAAACCAGAAUUCCCAACUCCUAGCUUUGAAUACCACACAGCAUUCAAUGGUGUGACUUUCGGAAUUGUUUAUGGAAUCCAACAAACCUACUUCCAUUUCCACAAUCCUGAUGUCCCCCUCAUUUUCAGCCCACAGUUACCACUUAUUGCAUUCGUUGCGAGGGUUCUCAUUGGCAUCCCAACCAUCCUAGCUGUGAAAUUCUGCAGUAAAGCUCUCUCGAAAUGGCUUUUACCAGUAAUGUGCAGCACCCUGGGCAUCCCUAUCGUAUCAUCGUGCUAUGUUCCCGCGCUGAAGGUUUCCAACAAGAGCAAGGACAAGUCCGACUCCAAGCAGAGCGGCUAUCUCCUGAAGGUAUUCUCCCUCUUCCCCCAGAAGGCGUACGAUGUCGACACCGGCAUAAGGUUCGUUCAGUACGCCAGCCUUGCAUGGUCAGUGGUCGACCUGGUUCCAGCCAUAUUCACUCAUUUAAAUCUGUAGUGAACACUGCAAGAUAGCAUUUUUUCUCUCUACUUGUAGUCUUGGAGACACUCCCAGAUCCCAAAUGGGCUAUUCCUACUUAGAAGACAUCAUAAUCAUCUUAUGAGAAUGUAAAUCCGAUUGAUCUCCGCUAUUGUUUUUUGCUCUGUAUGUAGAGGUGUUUUGUCCAAAAAGUAGCAACGAGGAAGUGUUAAUGUGAUGUUAUGACAUUCUGUUCCAUUCAUUAGGUGUUGAGGACAGUGACCACCACGAGCUCUAAAAAUUUAACUGCAAAGAGAUGCCAUUCAUUUUCU